AUGCAUACCGAUGGUUUCUAUGUAUUCUUUUACAUUUCCACCGACCCAUUAGCUCACUUUACACUACACGCUUGUCUCUGCAUUGCGUUUGUGCUUGUUGCCCGAACAUACGCUCAGUGUCCCGAUAAUCCGUGCGGUAUCCAGGCGUCCUGCCGGUUGAACACCGCCGGCAUACCAGUGUGCUCCUGUCCGUUCGGCUACCUUGGUGACCCGUUCAAGGAAUGCAUUCGCCCGGAGUGCGUCAGCGAUGGAGAUUGCACGGAGUUUCAGGGCUGCCGCAAGGGCAAGUGCGUCGAUCCAUGCGUUUUCAGCUGCGGCACCAAUGCGGCCUGCUCGACGAAACAUCACGUACCGGUCUGCUACUGCCCGGAGGGACUCACCGGAAGCCCGUUCGAGCGUUGUGACCCCCUGUAA